AUGCUGGGCCUCUUUGCCCAAACUUUGAGCGCCGGCGCAUCGCCCACUCAUGGUGAAGAUCUAUCUGUUUACGUGAAUCCGUUUAUUGGAACUGCUGGACCAGAUGGCACGGGCGCCAACUCAGGCGACACUUUCCCGGGCGUUUCUGUGCCUUUUGGAGUUGUGAAACUUGGGCCCGAUACCACUGAGAUGAAUCCAAGUACAAACGCCUUUGCUGGGUAUACGCCAGAUGGAAACGUCACUGCAUUUACCUGCUUUCAUGAGUGCGGCAUUGGAGGCGCCUCCAAAUACGGUGUUGUCGGACACAUGCCGCUUACAACCCUGGCAGGCGUUAAUGUCCUCGACAACACGACUUACCAACAGCCUCGUGUUUCAAUGGACAAGGCUUCCGUUGGGUACUACCGCUCUGAUUUGGCAAAUGGCGUCAAAGUUGAGCUUACUGCGUCUAACCAUGCUGGACUUUUCCAAUACACGUAUCCCGAGAACACAGAUCGCAUCGUUCUUCUGGAUGUAUCGCACAACUUACCCUCGCUAGCGGAAUUCAUCAAGUCUCAGUCAUAUAGCAAUGGCCAAAUUGAAGUGACAAACAGAGGCCGGCGAGUACAGGGAUGGGGACUGAUCAAAGAUUGUCUCGUGCUAACUAUUCUACCAGGAUCUGACUACAAAAUAUACUUUUGCAACGACUUUGAUUCCACUCCUUCGAGCUGGCAAUACUUCUCUGGGCCAUGGAAUGCCCCUGAUAACCCCCCAAGUCCUUCUACGCCGGUGACUUGGGGUAAUGCAUCAACAAACCCUCACGGAGUCCAGGGAGGUCCUGACGGUGACGACUCUGGAGACAGAGUCGGAGCAGUUUUCAAGUUCCCUUCCAAGACUACAGUUGUCAAAUCCAAGACUGGAGUGUCUUUCAUAUCGGUUGAGAAAGCUUGCGCAUUUCAGAAAGAAAUCCCAUCUUGGACACUGAACGAUACUGUGAAAGCCACCAAAAAGAUAUGGAACGAUGAUGUUUUCAGUAAAAUAUCGAUCCAAGAGCCGUCUAAGAAUGAGACCCGCCUGACACUCUUUUAUUCUGCGCUUUAUCGUAUGCACCAAAUGCCUUCCGACAGAACCGGAGAGAAUCCAAUCUGGAACUCUACAGAGCCGUAUUACGACGACUAUUACACUCUCUGGGAUACCUUUCGCUGCCUGAAUAGCUUCUAUCUGUUGGUCCAACCACAACGGGGCGUUGGCAUGAUUCGCUCCCUCAUUGAUAUAUGGCGGCACGUUGGCUUCAUGCCAGAUGGUCGCAGCGGCAACCACAACGGCAAAGUACAAGGCGGCAGCAAUGCCGAUAACGUUUUGGCCGAUGCCUAUGUCAAAGGAUUCAAGGAUGGUAUCAACUGGAAUGACGGAUACAAGGCCGUAUGGACUGAUGCAGAAGUUGUCCCGCCUCCUAACAAUGAUCCGGAGGACUCAACUUGUACCGAUAAUCAAGGUCGCUGCGGACUUCCUGAUUGGAUCAACCUAGGCUAUGUGUCAACGACUUUUUCGUCAAGUAUCAGUCGCACAGUUGAAUAUUCUCUGAAUGACUUUUCUGUAAGCCAAAUAGCCAAGGGGAUAGCGCCAAACGACUACGAAAAAUAUUUGAACAGAUCAGGAAAUUGGAAAAAUCUUUGGAAUCCGGCAAUCAAUCAGUACAAUACAUCAGGUUUCCUUGGUCCUCGCUAUCCCAAUGGUACGAUGAUAACCAUUGCUCCACAAGACGAGUCUUACACGACCGAAGGCCUUCCAUGGGAAUACACAUGGACGGUUCCAUUUGACAUGCAAAGCCUUAUUGAGAAAAUGGGCGGUGCCGACGCAACCGAAAAGCGUCUUGACAUAAUGUUUGUGCCUAAUCUUCGAACAACAGAUUUAGGCGUGGGAGUUGGUUCUGGAACAACUCUAUUUAAUCCUGGCAAUGAACCAAGUUUUGGCACUCCAUUCUUGUACAAUUACCUACCAGGCCGCCAAUACAAAGCCGUCAAUCAGUCUCGCGUGAAUAUUGACGAAAACUAUUUUGCUGGAUCAAACGGCCUGCCAGGUAACAGCGAUGCUGGCGCCAUGGACAGCUGGAUGCUCUGGCAGAUGCUCGGUCUGUAUCCAGUGGUAACCCAGCCGGUGUAUCUAAUCCUAGCACCGUGGUUUGAAGACAUUUCAAUUUCAGUCGGGGGUUCUCAUACCCUUCGUAUUAAGGCGCAAGGGUUAUCGAACAAUAGUUUCUUUAUUCAGAGCUUAAAAGUCAAUGGUAAGGUCUGGAACAAGAGCUGGCUAGAGCAUAGCGACAUUGCAAAAGGCGGACUUCUAGAAUUUGUAUUGGGGCCUGAGCCAAAAUCGUGGGACACUGGGGAUGUUCCUCCUAGUCCGGGCCAUCAGUAG